CUGACCAAGGCCAAGUAUGGUCCGAUGUGGACAUCCAUCAUGGACUCUAAACUCCUAGUGAACCUGGCCAGUGCCCCACUCUUGGAGCAAGUGAUGCGGCAGGAGGACAAGUACCCCAUAAGAGACACUAUGGAGCUAUGGAAGGCGCACCGGGAUUAUCAGAACAUGCCAUAUGGGCCUUUUACCACGGAAGGACACCAGUGGUAUCAGUUGCGCCAUGCUCUGAACCAGCGGAUGCUGAAGCCAACUGAUGCUGCACUCUACACAGAUGCUUUAAAUGAUGUGAUUGACGACUUCAUUGUUCGACUGAACCAGAUUCGGGCAGAGAGCGUCUCUGGUGAUCAGGUGCCAGACAUGGCUCACUUCUUCUACCACUUUGCCUUGGAAGCUAUUUGCUACAUCCUGUUUGAGAAGCGAGUUGGUUGCCUGGAACCCUUGAUCCCUGAGGAUACUGUGAACUUCAUCAGAUCUGUCGGGUUCAUGUUCCAGAACUCCAUCUAUGUCACCUUCCUCCCCAAGUGGACCCGUCCUCUGCUGCCCUUCUGGAAGCGAUAUCUGGAUGGUUGGGACACCAUCUUCUUGUUUGGGAAAAAGUUGCUUGAUGAGAAAUUCAAGGAAGUGGAUGCGCAACUACAGACAGCAGGACCAGAUGGGGUCCAGAUAUCCGGCUACAUGCACUUCCUGCUGACCAAUGGGCUUCUCAGUCCUCGGGAGGCCUUGGGCACUCUGCCUGAGCUGCUCAUGGCUGGCGUGGACACGACAUCCAACACACUGGCAUGGACCCUAUACCACCUUUCAAAGGACUCAGAGCUUCAGGCAGCCUUGCACAAGGAAGUAGUGGGUGUGGCACCACCAGAGAAGGUGCCCCAGCACAAGGACUUAGCCCAAAUGCCCCUGCUCAGAGCUGUGCUGAAGGAGACUCUGCGCCUCUAUCCUGUGGUCCCCACAAACUCACGGAUCAUCACAGAAAAGGAAAUUCAAGUUGAUGGCUACCUAUUCCCCAAGAAUACCCAGUUUGUGCUUUGUCACUAUGCAGCAUCCCGGGACCCCAGUACUUUUCCUGAUCCUGAAAGCUUCCAGCCUCACCGCUGGCUGAGGAAGAGCAAGGUGGAUGCUCCUAAGGCCCAACACCCAUUUGGUUCUGUGCCCUUUGGUUAUGGGGUCCGGGGCUGUCUGGGCCGCAGGGUUGCAGAGCUGGAGAUGCAGCUGCUGCUGGCAAGGCUGAUGCAGCACUAUGAGGUGGUCCUGGCGCCUGAGACAGGAGAGAUAAAGCCCUUGGCCCGCAUCGUCCUGGUUCCCAAUAAAAAGUUGGCCCUACGUUUCCUGAAGAGGCAAUGCUGAACUGGACCCCACUUUCCUGGCACUUGUCUGGGAGUUCCCAGCCCUGGCUUGGCAGUUGCUGGCCAUUAAUGUGGCUCAGGUGAGGAAGAAAGGAAGACUGUACAGGCUGGAGGAACUCAGUGCCCUGCCCACGGUGCCUGAGGUUCUGCCACAUUGAUUAUUUUAACAGCAGAUCAAGGCACUCCUGUCACCUUGCUAUUCUUGGGAAUGACACAAAGUAAAAGGUCUUCCAAUUAUGGA